AUGGCGUCGGCGUCAUCUAAGAAAGUUGUUUUGAUCAGCAAUGACGACAAGGCGUUCGAAGUAGAUGAGGCUGUCGCUAUGCUCUCGCUAACUGUGAAGAAUUUAAUUGAAGCCGGUUGCAUCGUCGACGGUGGAAUCCGGCUGCCUAAUGUUGAUUCGGCGACGCUGGCGAAGGUGCUCGUUUACUGCGACUGCGAAUACCACGCUCCCGACCCAUAUUUUUUUUAUGAUUUCAAUUCCAAGUACGUGAAGAAUAUGAUCGAUGAUAUGAGCAUGUUGUUUGCUGUGACUCGGGUAAUAUUUGAUUUGAUUCAGGCGGCAAAUUACUUGAAUAUUGAAGGGCUUCUGGAUGUGAUGAUUAAAGCUAUAAGCAAUACGAUAGCCGGAAAGACUCCUGAAGAAAUACGCCAAACCUUCUGCAUCAAAAACGAUUUUACUGCAGAAGAAGAAGCUGCGGUUAGAGAAGAGAUUAAAUGGGCGUUGGAAUAA